AGCAUCGCCUGAGAGUAAAAAAGAGUGGGUUUUGAGAAGAAGGCUUCGAUUUCGAUUUCAAUUGUUCUAAAAAUCUCUUCUUUCUUCGAUCUCAUACCUCUUGAUCGACCGGAGGGUUGAUUUUGGGGAGUUUUUUAUUCGUCUUCCUCGCGUGGAAAGUUGCAGGGAAAAGAAUUGGAAGAACCAAAAAAACCAGGGAAUGCUGAAAGAUGUGUGUGCUUGCGGAGAAUUUAUCGCGUGAGGUUUAUCUGUUCGUAGCUCCAUUUGAGCUGCCCUUAUUUAUCCUUGAUGAGAUUGGAGACUCGGUGCUUCAUGCACAAAAACUGAAUGGAGCUCAGAAUUUAAAGAAGCCUGUCGUAAUAGAUCACGACAUUGGUGACGACGGUUGAGAUCGACCUCCCUACUAUCCCGCAUUCGUGGAUUGUUUGCAAUAUAUAUUGAUUGUUGUUUGAGAUAUAUAUACAUAUCGUAAAUGGGGACAGAGAACAAAGGAAGUUCUGUUUUGAUGCAAAGAUAUGAAUUGGGAAAACUAUUAGGUCAAGGAACUUUCGCCAAAGUUUUCCAUGGCAGGAAUCUGAAAACCUCUCAGAAUGUUGCUAUAAAGGUGAUUGACAAAGAAAAAGUUUUGAAGGUUGGUCUCAUGGAUCAGAUAAAGCGAGAGAUUUCGGUAAUGAGUUUGGUGAGACACCCUUAUGUUGUUCAGCUUUAUGAAGUCAUGGCAAGCAAAACUAAGAUAUAUUUUGUCAUGGAGUAUGUCAAAGGUGGUGAAUUGUUCAACAAGGUUUUGAAGGGGAAACUCCGGCAGGAGCUUGCGAGGAAAUAUUUUCAGCAGCUGAUUAGUGCCGUGGAUUUCUGCCAUAGCAGAGGUGUGUAUCAUCGUGAUUUGAAACCAGAGAACCUUCUUCUGGAUGACGACGAGAAUCUGAAGGUGUCUGAUUUUGGUUUGAGUGCUCUUGCCGAGUCGAAAAAGCAAGAUGGACUGCUUCAUACUACCUGUGGAACUCCUGCAUAUGUUGCUCCUGAGGUGAUAAAUAGAAAAGGAUAUGAUGGAGCGAAAGCUGAUAUCUGGUCAUGCGGAGUGAUCUUGUUUGUCCUCUUGGCUGGUUAUCUCCCUUUCCAAGAUCCCAAUUUGAUGGAGAUGUAUAAAAAGAUCGGAAAGGCAGAAUUCAAGUGUCCUAAUUGGUUUCCUAGUGAUGUUCGGAGAUUGUUACUAAGGAUACUUGAUCCGAAUCCUAAUACAAGGAUCACAAUUGCGAGAAUUAUGCAGAAUCCUUGGUUCAAAAAAGGACUUGAUGACAAACUAAUGCAGAAUGGAAUGCCAACGACGGAACUGGUGCCAGUGGAUAUUGAUUCUGUUCUUAGUUCGUCUGACACUGGUAAGACAGAAGUGAAGCAAGAGAUGGCGAAACUGACAAACUUGAAUGCUUUCGACAUCAUCGCUCUCUCUGCAGGGUUUGAUCUUUCAAGUUUAUUCGAGCAGACUGACAACCGAAGGGAGGUGAGAUUUACUUCUACACAACCAGCUUGGAACAUUAUUUCAAAACUGGAAGAUAUUGCAAGAAAAUUGAAGCUUAAGGUCAAGAAGAAAGAUGACGGAGUCUUGAAAAUCGAAGGAUCAAAAGAAGGCAGGAAGGGAGUAUUGGCCAUUGGUGCAGAAAUCUUCGAGGUCACUCCUGCAUUCCAUCUUGUGGAGAUAAAGAAAACAAACGGCGAUACACUCGAGUAUCAGAAGCUAAUGAAACAAGACAUAAGGCCAGCUCUGAAGGACAUUGUUUGGGCAUGGCAAGGUGAUAAGCAGCAGCAGCAGCAGCAGCAGCAGCUUCAAGAUGAAGAAGACGAGCAUUAAAAACUUUCCACCAUUCUACUGUUUUGCAGUUGUUAUGUUUCAGUUGUUACUAUUGUCUAUGUUUUUUGAGUGGGCGCUUGUGAGCUUGUUUGCAUAUGUUGAUACUUCCAAAACGUGUGCUGUUGGACAUAAUUUAGCAAUGGAAUUUUGUUGACUUUUUCACAUGUGAA